CUGUGUUGUAUUUUGAGAAUAUUAUAAUUGCCUUUUAUCUUCAGUGAAUCAACAAAGUUUCGGACCCUUUAGUUGAGGCUAGUUUCACUGUACAACGAUGGUGGUUUAGGAAGGAUAAUGUUUCGUUUCACCUCGUCGAGCGUACCAUGCGCUGCUUGCGCUGGUCGCGUUGUGCUCACGCAAUGUCGUCGAGCUACAAUGGUCGGCAAGAAGAUGAUUGGGUCAGGAGACAAAUCUAUAAUCGGGAAGAGGCUGCAGGCACUGUCAGUUGACGCUUCUAUGGAGGAAAAGUUGAGAGUCUUCGAGUGUGCAGACGUGUUGAAGAAUGAAUCCUUUCUAAGCUCACCAGAAGUCGCUGAUAACAUUGUGGCCAGUAUGCAACCUGAUAUACAAGGAAAGCCUUUUGUUCAUCUCAAUGGAGGUCCCGGCGUGUUGAGCAUUGCGGCGAUCAAGGGCGGCGCCGAAUCUGCAACGGUCACAGAUCCCCGCGGCGUGUUCUAUCCGCUUAUGUUGAAUUAUCUUCGCUUCUAUGGCAACUUCCAUGUACACAAAAUGGCUUAUGAUUCAGUUGUACGUGCAUCCACGGAAACAACGGACAGGGUGAAGAUAUCGAUGAAGACCUCUGAUGUCAUUGAAAUGAAAAGCUAUCCAUGGGAAAGCGACGAGCAUCCGUUGGUGCUGACCACGUCCAUGGAAAGAGCAACAUCGAAAACCAUGCAAAUCUUAAACAAGCAGUACGAUUUGCGGCUGGGUUUUUUCUUGCAUGGUAGGGCCAUUUGCUACACCUUCCAAGAGAACAGUGUCGGGGCUCUCGGCCAGUCUACAUGGUACCACCACCCUCUUCGAGAAAUUGAGUUAGAGCUAGCCUGCCGUUAUCACAUUGAGUGUGUCAACUCAACGCUCCCACUCAGCAUCAUGAUGGCUACUGGACAAGCGCUUGAGUCUUACAAGCCUAAAGCGUCUGCCACGUGUAUGAUGCGCUGUAUUCCCAAAGUCAAACCAGACUUUCCACCGGGUGUCGCUGCCAACUUUAUGAUGGCAACACGAGCGCUGUUGUCCCGUACUCGGUCUGCCCGUCACCGCCAUACCACUGUCCAUGAUGUAGCACUGCACAUUGUUCAUGGCGACCGUAGCUUGGCAAGGGAUGUGGUGAUAAAGGCGGGCUUGCAGGACGGCCAGUAUCUGUCAACGUUCUCGCCGUCCGACUGGCUGCAGCUGGCGUUCAGUUGCGAGGAGCUGGCUUUCGACGAGUUUGACGCGAUGUGUGGCAGCCAGUCCAAGGCCGCGUCCACUGCUCUUGACUUGAGCGCGACUUCAUAGUUCUGCUGGUGGAGCUAUAGAAUACAAUGAAAGGCGCUGGAUUGCCUGCAGCAACCCAUAUGCGCGGAAUGUAGUCGAGAUGGCUGUUUGCUUUCCGUUCUUUUCCGCAAUGGGAGAACUUUGACAGUGAUGACUGGGUGUGGUGCUCCUUCUGCUACCGAUAAUCUGUUUUCUUCUUCUGUUGACUCCUGACUGGGCAGUGCUGCAGUGUCUUUCUCCGCUGACAAGGUGUGACUUAGACCGACACGUGACGUCAGCUACGUUCCCUUGUGCUACUACUAUUGCUGCUGCGGUUGCUGUUGCUGCUGCUGUCAAUGUGCCAGUACUGGCACUGGCGUAUCCAGAACCCGCCGCUGCAGCAGCAGUGGCUGUGUGUACAGUCACUGACAAUUGACUAAACUAAUUACUUGGACUUUAUUGUCACGAGUGCAGGCAUUCUGUUACAUCUUUGCUAAAAACAGGUUCAACUGA